AUGGCACCGAAACGUACCCGCGAUGGCGAUGCUGCUCCAUCAUCGAAGGGCGAACCCGAGGUCAAGAAGCGCAAGGGUUUUAGCGUUGGACCCGCAAACCUCCCAGAUGGCACAUAUCGUCGCAAGACUCAAAAGAUUAAAAAUGACUUGAUUCACAAGGCCAAAGUGAAGAAGGCAUAUGCCAAGAUCAAAGCCGAAGAACUCGCAAUCGCGCCUAGGAAAUCUGUUUACGAUACCGCCGAGGGAGACGAAACAAACACUGGCAAGGAUGACGAAAACACCGUUGAAGAGGCAAAGACUCUAGAACUCCACCCGGAUCGCAUAGCCAUGUUGAACGAACCCGAGCCCGAGCCGGCACCUGCCCCUAGACCAGAACGACGCCCACGAGGCGAUGGCAAACAGAGGGAGCGCAGACCAAAGCCCUCUGCCUUCGCAAAGGAGAUGGAGUUUGCAGAGAAGCGGAGGCAAGCGGAGGAAAAACGACAGAAGGAGCGCGAGGCGAAACAAAAUGAGCGUGAGAAAAUGCUGCGCGCGAAGCGGCCGGAUCAGUUUGGAAAGAGGAGAUUAGGCAGAGAGAGCAAUGCGCUCCUUAGUCGUGUACAGCGAAUGGUUGGUAAGAAUUAG